AACUUGAGAGUAAAAAUUGCCAGGCGUAAAUCCGUAAGGCAGAAAGAAAACCGAGAUAAAGAGUUCAGAAAGAGCAGAGGCCUGGCACUGAUGGAUGCAAAUGUUUCAGUUGGGAAAGAACAGGACCUGGCAGUGCUGGAAGAGGUCAAUGAGCCUUUUUUUGCCAAGGGGUCCAUGGAUAAAACUGCAGUCCCUGGUAAAAAGAGAGACAACAUUAGCUAUGGGCGUCGUGCGUUGCUGCAGCGUUAUUUGGAAGAGAAGGAGCUAAGGAAACUUAAGGUGCAGAGAGAAAAGGCAAACAAAGGAGUCUUCAAAUGUGGCCUAUACAAGCCUGAAAAUCCAUUUAUUCCAGUUACCUCCCAGCAUGCGGUCAAAGUUAAAAUGAAUGAAAAGACUGUGCAACCUGCUGUGACUAGAGUUACCAGAUCAGCAGCCAGAAUAGAUGUUCAUAACCCUCUAUCUCGGCCU